UCAGCAAGCUGUAACACUAGAAGAACAGGAAAAGCACAAACCCCAAACAGAGUCCAGUAGCUGCAAUACACACAGGACAACCAGAAGCAAGACUGGGAAUACUCAAAGGAGGCUUUUCCCUUGGAAGUAAGAAAGGAAGAGCUCCAGCACAGAAGAGGCCAUGGGCUGCUGGAAGCAAGAGAAAAUUGGCACCUGGGCUUUUCCCACCCUGAUCCUCUGCCUCUAUGGAUUCUUCUACAUGAUGAAACCAUCAGAACCUUUCCUAACACCCUAUUUGACAGGACCAGACAAAAACCUGACCACAGAAGAGGUUACCAACCAGAUUCUGCCAGUCUGGACAUACUCGUACCUGGCUCUCCUUUUCCCAGUGUUCCUGCUCACAGACUACGUGCGCUACAAGCCCGUCCUCCUCCUGCAGGGCAUCAGCCUCAUCGUCACGUGGCUCCUGCUGCUCUUUGCACGCGGAGUGGUGGCCAUGCAGCUGGUGGAAUUCUUCUAUGGCAUGGUCACAGCCACCGAGGUGGCCUAUUACGCCUACAUCUACAGCGUGGUCAGCACCCAACACUACCAGAGGGUCACCAGCUACUGCAGGAGUGUCACUCUGGUGGCAGCCACCGUGGCCGCCGUGCUGGGACAGCUGCUGGUGUCCUUAGCAGAUGUCUCCUACUUCUACCUCAACGCCAUCAGCUUGGCUUCCGUGUCCCUGGCAUUCCUGUGUGCCUUCUUCCUGCCCAUGCCCCAGAGGAGCAUGUUCUUCCAUGGGAAAGAUGCCCCUGAGGCUGUGCCAGGGCCUGGCAAGGGGCUGGCCGUGGGCGCUGCCCGCAGGGCCCCGAGCUGCCAAGAGGAAAGGAGCCCUGAUCCUGCUGCCAGGGCCCCGAGCCCCCAGCCCCAGGCUGGCAGUGCCAGGCCCCACAGGCACGGGCUCAGCGUGCUGCUGCAGCUGGGCAGGGACCUGAGGGACUGCUACAGCUCCCUCAAGCUCCUCUGCUGGUCCCUGUGGUGGGCUCUGGCCACGGCCGGCUUUAACCAGGUGCUGAAUUAUGUCCAGGUGCUGUGGGACCUGCGAGCCCCCUCGCACAGCUCCGCAGUGUACAACGGAGCUGUCGAAGCAAUAGCAACGUUUCUGAGCUCAGUAACAUCUUUCCUAGUACAAUAUGUGCAGAUUAACUGGGACCAUUUUGGAGAACUGGCUUUAGGGAUCUUCUCUGCAAUAGAUGCUGGUUGUCUGUUUCUCAUGCACUUCUCUACCAGCAUCUGGGCAUGUUAUGCUGGAUAUCUCAUUUUCAAGGCAUGCUAUGUGCUCCUCCUGACAAUAGCAACGUUCCAGAUCGCCGUCAAUCUGAGCAUGGAGCGCUAUGCCCUGAUGUUUGGAUUCAACAACUUCAUUGCCCUGCUGAUCCAGACCCUUCUCACAAUAGUUGUUGUAGAUUCAAGAGGCCUGGGACUGGACAUAGAGGCUCAAUUUUUAAUUUAUGGCAGCUACUUCGCAGUCAUACAUGGGAUUUUCAUGAUCAGAAGCAUUUGUGUGCUGGUCUCAUGCCAAUGCCAAAGGAAAAUAGUGAGAUCUUGCACAGAGCAGCUGAACCAGGCUGAGCACGAGUCAAGAGAGCAGAUUGUCACAAGCUACAUGACACGGCUGUAGGAGGCAGGCAGGCUGGAGAAGGGCUUCUCCUGGGAGAAGGGCUCCCAGCAGGGAAGAAGAGCAGCAUGCAGGGAACAGCAGUGCAAGAAGAACAUUCAACUCAGCCCUGAAAAGCUACGCUGAAUCAUUCCAGCACUUCAGCGCAACAUAUGCCAGCAGAGAGCGCACCAGAAUGGCACUGUGCCAAGAAUAAAAGAUAAGUUGCUUUAGAUUCUUAUUUAUAUGCAUAUAAAUAGCUUAAGGGCAGUAAGUUUUACACAGAAUCAGAACAACCACCUUUGCAUCCCCCUGUGCACGAUGGCAGAGAGCAGAGUUCAGCCUGCCUUGCUCAUUGUAGCUCCUGAAUGUGGUGCUGGCAAAGCUGCCUCUGUCACAUUUGCUGAUGCAGUGGCUGAGGGGGUGACUCCCCUUUGCACAGCACUUGUUCUGAACCAAGGAAGAAAAGAUCAUAUUUGCAUCCUUCUAUUCUUUCAUAGGCACUACAGGCAGAUGGGGGACAAGGCUCCUCCUGUCACCUCCCACAGCUCAGUGCACGCAGGCUGCAAAAAGCUGGGCUUGCACAACCUGUCCUGGGAGCUUCACCGCAACACUGCUACGUCACAGUUGUUGCUUGGCCCACAUUUGAGUGCUACAAACACUGUGCUGACUUCACAGCAACCUCUGCUGAGAAGGGAAUAACUCCAGAGUCCAAGCAAAUGGCAAGAGCACCACUCCUUUGCUUGUGCUUCCAGUAAAAUUAAAAUCAGGACUGACUAGCUUCCUUUCAGCACGAAACAAAUAAUAUGAAAGGCCUCAAGUAGCACAAACUAAAACCAGAGAAGGACAUUGUGGAGAAAUUUAGCUGAUUCCACAGAGGAAAAUUCCAGAUUGACAGGAAUAUCCAAGACUUAUAACUGAAACAAACAGUGAGCAUUGUGUGCUUUUGAGUGCCAAGUGAGGGAGGUCCACUGAUCUUGGCCAAGAAUUUGGCAGGAUCAGCCAAACUCAUGUCAAGAAGCUCCAAGCCCUACAGCUAAUUUUGUCCAAAAGACAGUCCAGGAGAAGAAAAAAGACACUAGAAAUGAGUUUGCAUAGUGAAUGUCUAAUUUAAUAUGAACCAUAUCCAUAUGCUGAAGUUAUUUCUGUACUGCUGUUUGCUUCUAGCUUCCAAUAUCUACAUCUAAUAAAAACCACUUAGCAUUUACAGAAUAUUUUUCCUGUAGAGACACAAACUAUCAUUUGUACAGACAUACCAGCUUUUCAUACCACUGUCACACACUGCAACUAGACAAAGUGCCCAGAGGCAAGGGCAGGCAGGACAGAAACAAUUUGUUUCAAGUCACAAGAAGAAUCAGUAGGAUCUGACAAAAUGAACCUGGCUAAUAUUGUAGGCCUUUUGUUUACUACUGUGCAUUGUGGGGACAUUAUCUGUUGUAAGCUGGCUCUAAGCACAACAGUUUAACCAUUGCAGUCAUAAAAAUAGGAGAUUCACUUAGUCUCCAGUGAGAUUUCUUUUCUUACUGCAGAACUGGGGGCAUGAUGCUCCUGCCUGAAGAAACAGGGACAGAAUCCAGAAGAGUAAGGACUAUUUUUCUAUGCUUCCUUGUGAGUAGCAAUCUUAUUUUGAGGCAUUCAGUUUAGAAUUAGAUGUCAGUCCCAGACCAGAAGUUAACAAGAGUUUGUGUUUAAAUUAAAAAGAGGAACUUCAUAUUUUCAGCUCCAUUCUUAUAUUCUGGCUAGAGCUAACUGCUCUCUGUGUCUGUAAAAAGCCGCUGAGGAGCAAAGGAAGCGAGCAGACACAGUGUAUUUGGCUUGCAGCUUUAGAGAAAACCAUCUUCAGAAAACAAAUAA